AUGGACUCAGAAUCUCAAAGCCUCUCACCGCGUCCUCCCCGAUCCAAACGCGGGCGCCUCUCUCUAGCUUGCACACAGUGUCGCAAGCGCAAGGUCCGAUGCGACGCGACAACCCCCAAAUGUCGCAAUUGCGUCCUGAGAGGCGACGAGUGCCAGACCUUUGACCCGCGACGACCCAACGGCCCUGCUGUGAGGAAAUGGCCUCAUAAGGGCUCACAGAGCACGUCUACGUUAUCUUCGGUACCGCGCAGAGCUUCAAUUGCUAGUCAGCACAGUUCUCCGGCUUCGCUUGUCGGGUCGCAAAUUACUGCUUCGACGCCGUUGUCGGCGAGUGGGAAUAAAGAGAGACCGCCUUCGUGGAUUGAGCGCGCAUAUCAAGAGACUACGCCUGAAAGUGGCACGGAUGGACAAACGAACGAUAGUCCUGAUGUGGUCAUGAACACGGAUGAGUCGUCGCAUCGCAUAAAGUAUAUGGGAUCCUCUAGUCUGCAAUGUCUCACUCGCUUCAUCGACCUGUUUCUUCAGAGACGCGGAUUAGAUCCAAUCGGUCGACACUUUCACUGGGGUAUGUGUUUUACUGAAGAGUACGCACUGCCAUUGGUGCCGAGCCUACCAGACCUACCAAGCAUGUCCAUCAUGGAACCCUGCAUCAAGAAGUUUUUCAGCCGAACGCACCCUCUCGUCCCCGUCCUCGAUCAUACAGCCUUUAUAUCAGAUGUCCUGCGCUUCUCAGAAUUACAACAGACUUGUCAGGGUGGCCUGCAAGGCGCAAUAACUUCCGUGGACGCGCCAGCUUUGGCAGCAAUCUACGCGGUGUUGAGCAUCGGUAUGGACGACCAUGAAGGUGCGAUAUCGACUGCAGCGACAGGUUAUCUCACCGGCGCUUAUUCGCUCGUGAGCCACUUGCUCAGCUUUCCAUACAUGAGUUCAGUGCAAGCCCUUGUUCUACUAGCAGUGGCUAUGCGUUGUAGAGGUAAAGAUGGACAGUGUUGGCAUCUAUUAGGUCAAGCAGUCCGCAUAGGGUAUUCCAUAGGCAUUCACCGAAAAAUCGCUGUAUCAAACCCCAACGAGGACUCAGGAAACCAGGUCGACCGGAAACUACACUCUAGAGUUUGGUGGGCCUGCUACGCCCUGGAGAAGUCCAUGCAGUUAGAAACCGGACGACCGAGUGCAAUAGAAAUCACAGACUGCGACCAGCCUUUGCCUGACAAGGCCAGCGGUCUGAACCCUUGCUUUAUCAGAUGGGUCACUCUAUCUCUAUUGGUCGGUAAGAUCAGCGAGCACAUCUUCCAAAGAAGAGCAGAGAGCGCCCUAGAUUUCUUGUCAGGGAUUGCCCAGUUAGAUCAAGCCUUAGUUGAUUGGUUAGACGAGGGAGCAGAGGAUGCAAAGACAAGUCAGAAUGCAAAGACCACGGAGGAAAAGUCAUUCGAAGUCUUCAUAUCUCUGCAUUUCCACCAGGCACAAAUCACUCUUCUACGCGCAUCGCUCAUCUUCCCUGAAACGUCUUUCCAAAACCAAGUACAAAAGCAGGAAGCCAAACUUCACAGCAUCUCAAGGCUAUUGCAAAGCCAGAACACCUGCGUGGAAGCUGCGCGGUCCAUCAUUACCCAAGUGGCGGAGUUUGCCGACACACAUCCUAAUUUCCUACUUCUGACUCCAACUCCUACCUUUCUCGCAGCUGUCACUCUUGCGCUACAAACAUUCAAGAAGCCGCAUAAGCGCAUGGGCCGAUCCGAUGGAGAGCUUGUGAGAAUAGGCUCUGAUUAUGCCGCCGAUUCCUGGAAGAAUGUCGGGCAACACAGCGAGUUUGUUAAAGGCGUGUUGGAAUUAUCAGUCCGUGUGAACCAGGUUUUGUCUGGCGAUAGCUCGACUACAGAGACGCCGAGAAUACCACAACAGGACUCGCAGGACUCGAGCUUGGACAGGAUGUUAUCGCCGAGUCAAUUCGUAGAUGCAGGAGGAGCUGGUUCCUUCGUUUUUGAUCCGUUGGAGUAUUUUCAGGAUCCGUUCCAGGCGAUGCCGUUGGAUCAUUUCUGGGCGGUGAUGGAGAGCGAUUUUGCGACUAUCGGCGACGGUAUGUGUUAG